GAAAGCAACCCUGUGUAUGUGUGUUUUUUGAGCUUUGACAUUUCUCUAGUUCCCGCUUUCUGAUUCAUUUGUUCCUGGCGAAAUCGGCCUGCAAAAUUACCACGUGAAGUGAAAUCAAAGAAUUUCAUCACAAACAGCAAAAGUACUAUAUAAAAUUCAGUAAACCGAAGCAGCCUGGCAUUAGUAUCAGUAAACAGUUCGAGUUUGUCAGAUUAUUCAGUAAAUAACUAAAGAAUAUAACAAAAUGGCGCUUCGCGUGCAGUUUGAGAAUAACGACGACAUUGGCGUCUUCAGCAAAUUAACAAACACAUAUUGCCUGGUGGCUAUUGGCGGCUCGGAGACAUUCUAUAGCACCUACGAAGCUGAGCUGGCCGAAACCAUUCCGGUCAUACAUGCCAACAUUGGCGGCUGCCGCAUUAUAGGCCGCCUCACAGUCGGUAACCGCAAUGGGCUUCUUGUACCGCAUUCCACCACAGACGAGGAGUUGCAACAUUUGCGCAACAGCCUUCCGGAUGCGGUUAAAAUACAACGUGUGGAAGAACGCUUGUCUGCGCUGGGUAAUGUGAUUGCCUGCAACGACUAUGUGGCGUUAGUGCAUCCAGAUUUGGAUAAGGAGACUGAGGAGAUUAUAGCUGAUGUGCUCAAGGUCGAAGUGUUCCGCCAGACCAUAGCCGACAAUACACUUGUGGGAUCCUACACAGUGCUGAGCAAUCAAGGCGGCAUGGUGCAUCCCAAGACAAGCAUACAGGACCAAGAUGAGCUUUCCUCGCUGCUGCAGGUGCCUCUGGUGGCUGGUACAGUAAAUCGUGGCAGCGAAGUGUUGGCGGCCGGCAUGGUAGUCAACGAUUGGAUAUCGUUUGUGGGCAUGAACACAACGGCCACAGAGAUAUCUGUGAUUGAGAGCGUGUUCAAACUAAACCAGGCACAGCCUGCAACGGUGACAACAAAGCUGCGUGCAGCACUUAUCGAGGAGAUGUCCUAAAUUUUUAUUAUAAGCAAAACAUUUUGUUAUCAUUAUAAAACUGUCAGUCGAAAUACAAGAAACACACACAAACACAGA